CAUCUUUCAGCAGCAGCGCUACAGCAGUGACCAGGCGUCUCCGCGAUGGGCCCCCGGAACUUCCGCCGCUGCAGAGAGAGAAUUCCCCAGGGGCUCCAAGGACUCCCAGGUAGAGCGGAGCUUUGGUUCCCACCUCGUCCCGCGUGCGGCUUCCCCGGGGACGGCAGGAGCACGGACGUCCAGGAGGAGGCCCUCGCCGCUAGCCCGCUGCUGGAGGACCUCAGACGACGGCUGACGCUCGCCUUCCAGUGGGCGGUGCAGCGCGCGACCUCGAGGCGCGCGCGGGAGGCGGCGGCGGCGGCGGCGCGGGAGGAGCAGAGCUGGACGCGCGUCGAGGCCACCCUGGCCAGGCUGCGGGCGGAGCUGGUGGAAAUGCAAUUCCAAAACCACCAGCUGGCUAGAACUUUACUGGACCUAAACAUGAAAGUGCAGCAAUUGAAAAAGGAGUAUGAACUGGAAAUUACAUCACACUCCCAAAGCCCAAAAGAUGAUGCUGCGAAUCCAGAAUAAAGAAAUGCACAUGCAAGGGCCGGGCGCAGUGGCUCACGCCUGUAAUCCCAGCACUUUGGGUGGCCGAGGUGGACGGAUCAAGAGGUCAGGAGAUCGAGACCAUCCUGGCUAACACUGUGAAACCCCGCCUCUACUAAAAAUACAAAAAAAUCAGCCGGGCGUGAUGGCAGGCGCCUGUAGUCCCAGCUACUCGGGAGGCUGAGGCAGGAGAAUGGCAUGAACCCAGGAGACAGAACUUGGAGUGAGCCGAGAUCAUGCUGCUGCACUCCAACCUGGGCAACAGAGCGAGACUCUAUCUCAAAAAAAAAAAAAAAAAAAAUGCACACGCGAAGCUCUGGAUCCUAAAACUAACGCAUACAACCCUGAAACAAUUCUGAUGCACACAUUAUGCUUUGCAUAAGUUUUGAGGGGCAAUUUAUGGACCCAAAACUUAGAUGACAGGGGAAGGUGACAGAAAAACAUCUAAGAGAGGGGAGAGAAAAAUGAUGUAUUACCAAAUUUUAAAGUUAUUUAUUUGUUAUUUCGACUGGGACACAGAAGUAAAAUAUAACUAUAGGUAAAUAUCUCUCUCUCUCAAAGAAUGCUUUAAUGCCAACUUUCGGUAUUCCAACUUAUGUCACCUGACCUUUCUGGCAUUGCCUGAGCUUUCAGAGUUCAUGCUUGUUUUGUUUUACUUGAUUAUUCUCGGUUUGUCUGUCCAGCAGCCUGCCCUGCUUUUUGUGGAGAAUUAUUUCUACCUGGAUUCUAACCAUGCCCUUCAGGUGGUCUGUGACUAAGGGUACUCCACCUUCCUGGAUAUAGUCAUGCAGCUCAAGGCAGGCAGAUGGGUUUGUCCUUAGGAUUUUUUGAAUGGGCACUAAAAGAGUAGAUGAAUAUUUCUGCCAGUAGAAGCUGUGGAUCAGGGGCUUGGAAGCUGCUGGUUGUCACCAUGUGAGAAAACCCACACCCUAAUGGAGGUGAUUGAAACGGAACCACUAAAAGCACAAAAGGGGAGGGAGGGAGGGAGAGUGCUUCGCUUCCUUGUUCCUGGGGGUCAAGCUGUAAGACUCCAGGCCUUGCUCUUGUUUAUGUACAUGAAAUAUUCUGAUAUCCUUCUCAUAAAAUCUCUUUUUGCCUAGGCAAAUUCAAGCUGGAGUUUCAUGACUUGUAUUUAGUGUUCAUAACUAAUACAGUUGUUCAGUUUUAGGAGUUAAAAUGGUUCUUACUGUUUAAUUGCACUAUCUAACUGUACCCGAAAAGUGCUAUCUUUUUAAUGCAAACAGUAAAGUUAAUAAAAAAUAGUUGCAGAUCUAA